UGGAUGGAUGGAUGGAUAAAAGUCUCUGUAUUUUUGUCAAAAAUACAACCGAGGAAUCUCUUGAUGCAACACUGGCCUCUUGUGGCCAAAGGUGGUUUUCCACUAUCUAAUGGCCACAGCUGCCUUUUCUUCAUUGGUACUUCAUUUCAAUGUUUCAUAUUACAAAAAAAGAGGAAAAACUAUAUAAUUAUAUAAAGAUAUAUAAUACCUUGAAACACUACACAUACUGUAGUACUGUGAGUGCUCCCAGUGAGCCAAUCAAUAUUUAUUUUUUUGCCAUUUUUUUAAUUACUGUUUUUGCAGCACCAUGCCUUGGAAACUACGGGGACUAACUCUUGUGCGUAGGGCACUUUGAUCCACAGAGGGGCCCAGUUCGUGCAAGGGGGUACAUUCUCUGCAAAUGCGCAAAGGAUGCAUGAACCUGUUGGUAUAACGGUGCACGCUGCAGGUUCCAUGCCAGCCCUGGGGGAGGAGGCUCAUAAUGGGGGAACAAGUCUGAAAUAAAUAACCUGAAAUCAUUACUUCUUAGUCCCAUUUAUUGAGUUAUUUAUAAAGUAAAAAUCAUUUGUGGUCUUACCUUUUGUUUUGUUUAUAAAGUACAUUACAUGCACCGUAUCCUUCUCUAGGAAUAACUCUGAUACUUUGUUGUAAAAGUCUCAACACCUUCUGGUGAGCUUAGAUAUAUAAUCUUCCAUCUUGACAGUCAAAUUCAUUCCUUCAUUCAGCGGGGCAUUAAAAUAUCUUUAAUGUAUUUGGCUUGUUUCUAAAUCUAGCUCUAGCUGGUGCUGCUGUUAAAAAAAAACACUGUCUUUUCUUCUCUGCGGAAGGACGGCAGCGACAAGCACCUUUCAGCUCACAAACUGCCUCCCCUGACUCCUGUACCACUGUUAUCAUUACAUGUGGCGAACUAACGAGGUCACGCUGUCACUGAUAAGUGUGAUGUCAUCACAAUGUGAUGUCACUUGGGCAUGAAGAGGAUAUAGAUAUUUACCAUACAGAGCUGUCACCUCGUAUUAGAGCUGUAUGACAACAUCAAAAACCUUCCAGGACCUGACCACUUGAAUUUCAUUUCACAAUUAAGACAAUUCUGAAAAUGUAAAAAAUAAAAUAAAAAUAAAAGUUCCCCUCUAAAGUUAACAAACUACCCUUAACUGAGUUUUUUACUUUGUUUUUUUUAAUCUGCUGCAAAAUUUUUAUGUUUUCUUUCUUUGUGUCGGCCAUGAAAAGACAAUGGCUUCACAACAGGUUGGUAGCAGCAGUAAAAUCCUAAUGGAGUAGAAUACAUUACAUUGCAUUCUACUCAACUAUGGUAGACCACUCAAAAGGUCUCAAUGCAUCAACAACUCAGAAACCAUGAAGUACAACUACAUGUUUACUGUCCUCCAGAACCCAGACUACAGGGUACCAGCAAAAGACCUCACAUCCUCUGAAGAGAAGGCCGUCACUCAGUCCUGCUCGCCUUUUGAGGCCUACAGGUACUUGAACGUCCUCCAUUCUCCAAAGUCGGACUACGAGAUUCUCGACUUCUUGGGAGAGGGCACCUUUGGAGAUGUGGUCAAGUGUUUGAAGACGGCCACCAGAGAGGAGGUAGCCGUGAAGAUAUUCAAGCACAUCGACGCCCCGGACAAGUUUGAGAAAGAGGUCAGCACGUUGCAAACGUUGAUGGCUUUCGACACGGACAAGGUCAACUUGAUCCAGUGCAAAAGCAUCUUUGUAGACAGAGUCUACAUGUGUCUGGAGUUUGAGAUGAUGGAUAUAAAUCUUUGGGAUUUCAUGAACACCAGACCCACUAAAUGCCUCCUUGUCAAAGAGAUCCGGCCCAUCCUGCAUCAGUUGAGAAAAAUAGAGCACAUCCUUGGCCAUUUGCCUCAAGGACUUCUGAACAUUGGACUGAACACCAUUUACUUUUACAAGAAAGAGUUGGGGUUUCGGUCCUUUCACUGGAGACUAAAGACGCCAAACGAGUACGGAUACGUCGCUUGCACUGACAGUUUUAUCAACUCUGUGGAUGACCUUUGUGAGGUUCGACAGGUUGUUCAUCUUUCAAAUGAGGAUACUACAGCAGAAGUCCGAGACCAGGAGAGCUUUGUGGAUUUGUUGAAAAAGCUAAUGAGGCCUGAUGCCAGCCAGCGACUUACACCCAGUCAGAUUCUCCAGCACCCCUUUAUCACCAUGGCUGACAUCGUCAGCCACGCCACCAGUUUCUAUGUGAAACUGAGCUGUGAGAUGAUGGAGGUCUGUCAGAAUCAAAGCAUAAGCUCUGACAUUCAGGCCAGCAAGUCACUGGCCUCGGACCAGGAGGCAACCACCAGCAAGACCCCCCUUUGGCAAAGCCAAAGAGAGCAUCCUGACAUCUUGAGGAUCUCGUCACGCAUCACGGGGGGCCUCAAUCUCAAGGACCUUUCCUCAGAUACACAGAUGGCGAUCUCGCAUCAGCUUGCUGCUAUCAGCCUUCACAAGUCUCCACCCCAUAAAAAAAUGUGUCCCGUAUCAGGAAAACCACAAAAGGAGGACAAGGAUGGUAUCCAGAGACAAAGAGAUGUUUCCUCAGAGAUGACUGACAGGAUGUCCAAAGCUGAGUCAGCAGGGCCAAACGACAACCAGUCAAGAAACUUACAAAACAGGAAGGCAGGGAAGAUCAUCCCCAAUGGUGACCGGACGCUAAAUGUUGAGGUUGAGGACUCUGAUAUGACAACGAGCACUGCCACGGCCGAUUCUUCAGCGCAAAGGAACACCAAUUGUGGCAGCAAUAAAAGAGUGGGGGACAAACGGAAGACACCAAAAGGUACAUCUUCUGUAAACCUCGAAAGUUCUUUUUGCACAAAAAUCAUCACUAAUUACCGCAUUUGUCCAGUAGGACCACGUCACCACAAAAGAAAAUGGCGGAGGCCCAUUUUUAGACCCGUUUUCAAUUCCCAGUCAGUAUUAUCUAUAAAUGACCUAUAGACUGGAAGCUGCUGUAUCUUGUAGGAUCUCCAAAGAGAAAAAUGUAUUUGACCACACCAGUACUAAGGCCUACAAUAUUUGAUCCUCACAGAGAAUCGCCAACGAAAAAGAAAAGAAAAUUGAACCCUAAAUGAUGUCCAGAGACCAAGAAGUAGUAAGGCUACUACCUCAGAGACGAGGAAAAGGACCUGGCCCACUUCUGAAACUGGAGGUCCCGGUGUUUAUGUGUUACAAAUGCUGAUGUCAUAUCCCAAGCAUUAUUAUUAUUAUCAUUAUUAUUAUUACACUCUUUGCAGAAGUCCUUCCCUUGGCCUGCCAGAACUGAAGAAAGGGAAGAUGAGUCCUGAUGGUGUCCCAACACAAAGUAGGUCCAAUUGUGGAGCCUCAAGGAGGAGAUACAAGUCACCUGGGAAAGCUUCUUCAUCAUCAAAAGGCAACAUCAACAAACACCAACCUACAAAGAAUAACGCUAGGUCCACUUGAAAACAACAGUUCCUGGUGUGUCUACACCCAGUAGUAUUUUCCUUAAUGGGCUACAGUUGACAAAACGUGGUCUGUGCAAUAGUCCCAAACAGCGACAGCACCAAAGAAGAAAAGGAAGACGAGACGAGACGAGACAGGAUGGGGUCAAUAAGUAAGUCUAUUGACUGCCUGUGUAAUCAGCUCUCCAGGACUUCCUAAAAAAGCAGCAUUUAAUACACACCUGGUCUUUUUCUUCAUGCAAGACGUAAGGUGACCAGAGGCUUUACCACGUAGUGCCUUCACGUUCCAGCAGAUGUCGACAAAGGACCGCAAAAGUCCAUCCUCACGAACGUUCAUUAAAUCCAUUGUGCCCUCAAUUAUUGAACUAUACUUCACAAUGUGUGUUUUUGUAAAGUUUUAGUAAGUGUACAGCAGUUACACCUGCCCUGUGCUCCUCAUCAGGCUGUGGCAAACUUCAUUGUCUUUCAAUGAGGAGACUGAGCACUUUGUGUCCAGACCCAGAAUAAACAGAUUCUCGGUGGAUGAUGUGGUUUUGUGUGUGUGGCGGCAGACAUCAGCAGCAGACAUCUGGACGAAGCAAAAAUUGGAUGGAAACUCAAGGCUCGCUAACAAGCAGUCUUGCUAACAUUUGGCAAACUGCUGACAUUGCAUCUCUGCCGUCGCUCAGCAUCAACCAUAGUUUUAAGCGACCAAGAACCCUCUGCUGCUCCUCACCGACUCCCAGCCUGUCCCGACCUGGCCAAAAUACAAGUGAGGUGGACUUGUUGUCGGGGUUGUGGAGGGUUGAGUUUGUGACGAUGGUGUUGGACAAGGUAUUGAAAAGUGUGUUUUUAAAGCAAACUGCGUGGCACUGGCAGGUUCACUGGUUGUUGACGUGACUUCCAUUUGGGCUCCGAUCCGCUCUUAGCAAGAUGAGCCUGCCUCACAUCUGAGGCCACCACUUCACAGACGUGUAGAAAAAAAAUAUUGUAAUUAAAAAAGCAGGCUUUGUUACACAUCUUAAAACGAAGCCUGGAGCCUUACAUUAUUUGUCUGUCAUCAACAUAGGGAGUACGAUCAUGCUGUUUGCUUCAGCAAAUAGGCUCACCUAGCAUGUCUGUUGAAAUGUGACUGUAAUCGUAACGUUUGUGUCAACAUUACAAUGUUUUAUGUGAUUCAGGACAUCCAUUACCUUGGACAAGCGCAAAGUUACAGCGUAUAACAGUACGCCAUAAUCACAGAAUGUGCCUCGGUUUUAAGGUCAAGGUUUGGUGCCUUUAAAUGCAAAAUACAUACCAUGAAACUGCUUAGCUUUUGUGUAAACAGCUUUACAUUUAAUAAAAUAUACAAAAAAAAACUGCAAACUGCUGGCAGGUAUUUAUUCAAUAAAUACAAUUCUCAAAUAAAAAAUAAAAAUAAUUACAAAAAAUAAAUCCAAAAUAAUAUCUAAUAGUCUAAAUUCCAGCAUCAAGUUUAGAUUUUGGACAAUUAUGGGACCUCAGACGCAUUUAAAAAGGGGUGAAAAAUACUAUAAUAUGGAACAUUUCAUCUCAAUUCAUUGAUCUAAUGGUCCAUAUGUGCUCCCAAUAAGUACUCUAUUUGUCUUUGUUGGGUAUUUGAAUGCAGACAUCCCCGCAGUGUACAUGUGCGGGGUAGGACGAGCAGGGGGGAAUUCAUUUCGAGGCCAACUGGCCCCCUGUGUAGCAGUGACACGUUUAUUAGGCAGCAGCAACACAUGCUGUCAAUGAUCACUCCUUGCUUAAGUAUCACUUAUCCCAACAUUAAGCCUCCUCAGUAUUCUCUGGAAAACAAUUCAAUUAGCACUCUCCAGGGACGCACCCUCAGCCCCCCAACACCACAUCAGUCAGACCGCAGGGGAGGGUGGUUGCUAUCACAUCCUAGGUCGGACUCAUGUGAUCUUGUGACAUUCUUAUCUGUAUUGGAACCAUGCAGUAUUUUUAUAUUUAUAUCUUAUCUCAUACCUACUAUUACUAUUAGUGAGAAAUCAGACAAAAAACGUAUUUUAGUCCAGCAGGUGUAACACCUUUGGCUGUUUAAUUCCUGGGUCAGCGGCAUGGAAAUGCCCUGAAAGUCUUAAUCCUGCCAACACAGCUGCUGGGAUUAAGACGUACGUUGACCUCCAGCAUUUGAAUCCCUGCAUUUGCUUGGACAAAGCUUGUCGGCCGCCCUCACCUGCCGCUCCGAUGGGAAGAUAAAACGAUAAGUAAAAUAAGAGCCAGACAACGAGGGGACAUCUCACUCUGAUACGAAUCAGAACAGUUGUCUGGUUUCAUUAGACUAAAACUGCCUCUGGCUCAUGUUGCUCCAUGAAAGUGUUUAUAAUCACACGUUUGGUUUUACAAAAGAUUUGCAUUUCCAAACACCUUAAGGGUAUUGUGAACAGUCCAUAAAACGUAGCUCAACAGAAUACAUUUACAAACCAGACUUGGAAGAAAAACUGCUGAAAGCGGGGGCCAAGUGGCAGGGUUGAGAGAAUAAUUGGCUUAAGACGGUGCAGAAAGAUUGUUUCCUUUGGCCUUGUGCUGCCAUUUCCUGGCCUAUGAUCAUCUCUUCCCCAUGAUUAGGCCAAUGUGCAGAGCAUGCAGUCAUAUGACGGCGCUGCGCAUGAAUGAAUGAAUGAAUCAAGACUCUCACAGUGUUGUCCCCUGAACACAACAGAAAAGUGUGUCUUCUGGUUCUGAAAGUUAAGAAUUUCAUCAGAUUGAAGAGCCUUUAUUGUCAAUUCACCAGAUAUCAUGGACAUACACAGAUUCGAAAUUACAUUUUUUUCCAUCCACGGGGCAAUUAAAUGGAAGAGGAAAAGCAGGGAGUAUGAAAAUGUAAAAGAAGGUGUAUAUACAGCCAACUCCGAAGUGGUUAUUUGCAAAGUCACACUCAAGACACUCCGACACGAGACUAAGUAAAAGCCAGCUGAUGGUGCUCAACUUUCAAAUGGAACCGAGCUUCUCCAAAGCUCCUGUCUAAUCUCCAAUCAGACUGACAGGUGAUGGAGAUCAACCACAGUACACCUUUGUUGGGCCCAGCGGUGCUCAAGUAGGUACAAUAAAGAUUUGUACCACAAAGCAUCGAGGGCUGAUGAAGUCACAGGAUUGACGGGUUGAGGUUGUCCUUGUUGUGCUCUGACUUCUAAUUCUCAGGGCACGAAAACGAUCGUGACUGGACUGCUCAGGUUGUCUGAGAAGACGUUUUGCAUCUCUUCCAAGCAGACUUCAUCAGUUCAUGCUCAAAGAGUAGUCAUCGGUUCAUCCUAUAGUCCUAGUCAUGCGCAAAGACUAGAUAGGACAAGCUAUAGUCUUGUUGAUGCACAAAGACUAGAUAAGACAGCUCUAGUCCUAUUCAUGCACAGAGAAUAGAUUAGACAACUCAAAUACAGUACACAAAGACUAGAUAGGACAGCCCUAGUCCUAUCAGCCCAUAGUUUGCACUUGUCUGCCCUAAAAUCAUGUGCCAUAAAUAUGCACGUUACAUAUUUGCAACCAUGUAUGCAUAUGAAUAUAUGGAGCAUAAUGUCCAUACUUCUUUCUUUUCGUACUUGCACUGCUAUCCCUUUCAAAUGACACUGGCCGUACAAACGUGAAGGUGCAAUACCACAUCUUAUUUAAGGCUUUUUCAUUUUUUCAUUCCUAAAUUGUGUCCACCUGGUCGAGUCUGGCCUGUUCUUCCUGUGUCAACCAAUCAGCUCCCUCCUUUCCCUGGCAUCCUGCCCAGCUGUCUCUUGUCCUAUCAUGAGUCCAUUUGUAGGUAGUCUCAAGUUUUUGCUCAGUUAUUCUUGGUGUCUUGUUGUGCUAUGCAAGUUGCAACCACCACACGUCUUCAGGUUUCCCGUAUAAAGUUACUUUAGAAGUUAUAUUUUCGGUUUCAAAGGUCUUCAUCAAGGAUUUGCUGGUGGUAUGUGUGCACAGUGUGAGGCAAAGCGCCGAGCUAACAUGCACCAUUACAUGCGCAGCUAAGCAUCCAGCUGAGGAAGGUCCUUGUAAUAUAAUAAGCCCAAAUCAGUGACCUCCCUUUCAGAGCCCACACAAUGCCACUGGGGCCCCUCUGGUGGUGGGGAGGGGUGGGGGGGGUGCUGGUUCACCCAGCUGGGACUUUGUGGCUAAUGGACUCAUGAGGCGAGCGAUGUGGACUGUUAGACUGACAGGGAACGUCAGCCAUGUAAAAUAAAAACAACAUGUGAUGCGGAUAAUAAAACUAGACUUCCUGCAAAGUGCACUGGUAGUCGGCCAUUUAGAUAUUUGGCAUUUGGGCCGUUUCCAUGACGUAACUGACAGAAAUGCUUAUAGUCAGCUUUUUAAGGCCACAAAUUUAACAUGAAGAAAUACAAUUUUUUUGUGGAAGUCACAGUUGUAAUCAUUGGACAAACUGCCAAUGGCUUCAUUCGUCGCACAGCAACCAGUCUUGCUCACAUGUGCUUGUCAGUCCCUUAAAGGUGUGUACCAACAAUUUGCUGGUGAUUCGGCCACCCUCAAGUUACAGGGGGAAGUGUGAUAAAUUUCAAGUCAAACUUUGGGGUUUGCGCGCUGUGCAAAGGGCCCCACUGUCCAUGGGAGGCCCCAUUUUGUGCAAGGGGGGCAUAGUGCACCAAGUCAUCCUGAGGCAGCAGAGGAAAAAAAUAAAAAGACAGGUUAUCUGACACCACACCCGUUGCCACAAUGAUUGCCAGCGCAGCAGAAUAAGAGAAUAAAAUGGCACAACUCACCCGCUCCCCUGUCAGUCCCUGGUGGUGUAAUGGUACAGCUGCUGCGUGCCACUCAUCUGUUUCCCAUGUAUUUGUAUUACUCUACAACAUGCAGCUAAAUUCUGGUUCCAAGUCAAAUUCUGCUUUGGUCCCCUAUGGGGCGUGCAUUUCCUCCCCCUUUUGUGUGCAGCCGUU